AUGCUUUCUCCACAUGGGCGAGUUCGGCAAGAUUCCGGGAGGGCGCAGAUUAUCGCAAACCAGCGCGCCGAGAAGAUCCGGAGGUUGCAGAACCAGCUUGGGUGUAUCGAGGGAAACUUCCUCGGCCAGUUGGAGGUCCACAACGAACGCGCCGACGCCGCAGAACAGCAGGCGCAACUAGCGGAACGGCGGACGCGUGUAGUCGAAGCGAGGGCUCGGGCCGUUGACGAGCGAAUGAGGGUGGCCGAGGAGCGGGCGGCUACCGCCGAGGAAAGGGUUCGUAUCGCCGAGGCGGCGAUGGCCCGUCUUGCGGAAGAAGCCGUAGAGCGUAGCGCCGCCGGACCCCCGCUGAUGUCUUCCAUCGGGGCCCUGGCGACCGCGCCCCAGCAAGAAGCCCAAGGAUCGCCGGCAACGCCUAGGCUUGCGGACCUGAUGCGCAACUGGCAGCAGAACAAGUGCCGCGACGCUUUCGUUGCGCGAAUGCGCGACGGCUUCAAACUCCAGCUGCGAGCCGCGAGGGAUGCUCUGGCUCCCGGGAGCGGUAUGCUGGGCGCGGAAGAGGAGCUUGGGCAUGGCACCUUCGGAGGCGUCUACAAGGCCGUCUGCGACGCGACGAAGACGACGUGGGCCAUCAAGAGACCCAUGAAGGAGAUGGACAAGGAAUUCCUGAUACACGAGAUGCUUGUGUACAGCAGCCUCCCCGCCCACGCCAACAUCCUCGGCGUGCGAGCCAUUUACGACAUCUCCCACUCCCCGGCCUUGGCGCUGGAGUGCGGCGAGUGCGACAUGUUCGACGCACUUUUCGGAGGGCGGCUCUCGUUUCCGGACGAGUUGGACUGCCUGGCGGACGUCGUUGCUGGCACGAGGCACUGCAACGACAACGGGGUCGUCCUCUGCGACCUCAAGUUCUCCAACAUCAUCCUCGUGCACAACGGGGCCCGCUACGUCGCCAAGGUGUCGGACUUCGGACUGUCGUGCGCAAUCGGGCACAACAGGUACCCCCGGUGCGGAACUCCCGGCUACUUUCCCCACGAGGUCUCCCUCGAGCACACCGUUGCUGAACCCAGCACGGACGCUUUCUCUGUAGGGGCCAUGCUGGCCAUCCUCGCCUUGCAGCCCAAGUUGCGGGAGGAGAACGUUUUCUGCCACAAGAUGUUCCUAACACCCGAGGAGGCCCUGCAACUCCCACAGUUGGCGCAAGCGGAGUUUGACAGCUACAGGGAACGCCAGGAGGAGAUAGCGUACCGUACAAUGCUACUGCCCAACUCCGGCUUCGCCAAGAAGGUGACGCGCCCGGCCGUCGUCAACACGAUGCCGGGAACGCAACUGGUGAGCUGA